AUGAUCAUGUCAUUACAAUCACAGAAUCGUCUUAAACUAAUAAUACCUAAACAAAGAUCCAAGACUGAUAAGAUACUCAAAACAUGUACUCGAUGUCGACAACACAAGACCAAAUGUGAUGCUUUUCAAACUAAUCCCAACCCAUGUACUCAUUGUUUCAAGAAAAAUGUCAAUUGUAAUUUGGAAAUUCUUAGUAAACCAACAGGUAGGGUAAAGACGUUGGAUAUAGUUGAACGAUUAUCAUGUGAAGUUAGUGAUUUGAAGGAACUCAUGACUGAUCUAAUACAGCGAAGAAAUGACCUUGUUGAGUUGUUGAUUGAGAGGGGAAAACAAAUUGAACAAGAGGCUAGUAUACAGUGUCAUAAACAACAACAAGAACAACAAGAGCUACAGAAACCAAGUCUUAAGAGGAUAUAUACACCGCCAGUCUCUACAAUGCAAUCAUGUCUUAAUACCCCAUACACGUCACCUGAAUCUACAAUUGACCUAUAUACGGAAGCAGAUGGAGAGAGCCCGAAUGUAUCUGACACUUCCAAGUACACAAUCAAAGCUAAUUACAAAGUUAAACCAAUAUCUAUUACCCAUAAACAAGCACAGUUUUAUUUCACGAAUUAUGAACGCAAUUUCAACAAAUAUUUACCAAUAUUUCCUGAUGAAUUCUUCCAAUCAACAAACUUAAUUGAGUUCCACAAAGAAAAUGAAUUAACUUUCUGGUGUAUUAUCUUGACAUCACAUUUAAACCAAUAUGAACAAGCUAAUGAAUAUAAAUCCCUAGCUGAACACGUAAAGUCACUAGUGGUUGAUAAAUGUUGGUUUAAUACCCCAAGAUCAGUAUACAUUAUCUCAUCAUUGUUAAUUUUAACUACUUGGCCAUUACCUAAUCAUCAACAUACUAAAAUAGCUGAUAAUUUAAGUGUUAAAUUCAUCAGUUUAAUGAAGUCAUUGUCAUAUCAAUUUGGAUUACAUAAGUUGGAAUUUAUAAAUGAAUUCAGUCACAAGACCAAAAUCAAUCUAUCACAGGAAGUUAACUUGAACAAUCGUAUAAGAGAACGAAUUUAUAAAUUUGUCAAUAUCAAUUCCAACUAUUGGUUAAUUAAUUUAGGGUUAUCGAAUAAUAACUAUAAUGGGUUCAAUCAAGAUUAUAUUUUAAACAAGGCUUCCAAUAUCGAUAUUCAUGAUUCAUCAAUUGCUUCAUCCUCAAUUAACGAUCAUUAUAUCAAUUGUCUUUUGAAAAUUUCCAUGAUUCAACUGAAAUUGAAUGAAAAUAUGAAUGCAUUAAUUGGUGACUCUUUGGAAUUUGGUGAAGAUCAUAUGACGAUGAAGAUGCUCCCUAAUCAACUUAACACGACAAAAUUGAUUAAUUUUAACAUGUUUGAAAUUAUAAUUGAUGAUUUGAAAAAGACAUUGUCAAUGGUGGAUCAAGAGGAAAACAGUGAUAAUAAUAAUGACAAUGAUUCUUUUUGUGGUGAUUUAUCAAACUUGAUUCAAAUGUCCAUUGCUUAUUCUAAAUUACAAUUGUUUGUUUACUCCCUAUCGAAAUCAGAUAUUCCAUUACAAGAAUAUAGAGUCUACAUAAAGAAAUUAGUAUCUUGCUGUAUGGAAAUUAUGCAAUUGAGUCAAUCACAACAAACAAAUUAUUUGGAUUUACCAAUUUAUUUUAAAUUUCCCAUUGAAUUAACUUUACUAACGCUAUUACGCAUUUUCAAAUCACCAAUAUUGCACAUCAUUGAUGAAUACAAUGAAAUAAAAACAUGUUUUAAUAAAGUUUAUGAAACUGUGUUCAAGUUUAAAAAUUGGCAAUUUAUGACUACUAAAUUAUAUCGAUUGAUUGAAAUGUUUGAUAAAUUAUCAAGAGAAUUCGUCAUUUCACAACUGGUUAACGAAGAGACAAAAAAUGAAAACGAUGCAGUUGUAACCACGGGUGAUUUCUUUUUAAUCACAAAGAUGAAAAAUUAUCUUGUUUCUAGUUUACAAUAUGAAAUGAUUUGGUUAAUCUAUCAACAUGAACAUGUACAAAAGGGCAAUGAAGAUACACUGGCUCAGCAGUUGAGUUUACAACAAUGGAACUCGAUUGGUGUUUAUGAUAAUCAAUUGAUAGAGUAUUUGAAAACUAAUGAAUCGAUACUAAACCCUUAA